CUUGACUGUGUGACAUUCAUAACAGUGAGCGCGGCUCGGACGCUGAUAUGACAGCGCACACCAUGAUCUACUGACAUGGAACAUAUUCAGAGUUAAUAGCCAAAAAUAGCGGAUAUGGGAAAUAUCGUGAAAAACGCAUCGACCAAACUGGAUGAGAUUACUGCAUAUCAAACAGGAGCAGAAAGUGAAUUCUUAGCCGUUCUGUUUAAUUACCCUUCCACUGAUGUGAGCGAACCGAUCUUUCACGUUGGAGAAAAGCUGCGGGUCAUUUCAGAGGAAGGCGGGUGGUGGAGAGCUGUCUCGCUAAAAACAGGCCGAGAAAAUUACAUCCCGGGGACAUGCGUCGCCAAAGUUUACCACGGAUGGCUGUUUGAUGGCGUAGGAAGAGAAAAAUCUGAAGAACUUCUACAACUUCCAGACACCAAGAUUGGAACAUUCAUGAUCAGGCAAAGUGAGACCAAGAAAGGUUCCUAUUCUUUAUCCGUGAAAUACAGACAGAUUAAGCAUUACAGGAUUUUCCGUCUCCCGAACAGCUGGUAUUACAUCUCCCCGAGGCUCACCUUCCAGUGUCUGGAGCACCUUGUUAAUCACUAUUCAGAGAACUCUGACGGGCUGUGCUGUGUCCUGACUACUCCCUGUCUUACCUAUCAGUCCGUGACACACUCAGAAUCACUGGAAAGUCACGCGCCACCCGUAGUAAGAAGACGUAGGACCUUUGACUGGAAGAGUAUGAAAAGAGUCCCGCUGAGGGUGGAAGAUACGAGAAAUACUUUGGAAACAGAUGAUACAUUUCUCAGCUUUGGCCUCAGAGAAAGCAUCGCUUCGUAUAUCUCCCUGGCGGGAGAUGAAGAUUUUUCCAUGGUUUAUGGAGACAAGAAAAAAACGAAACGCCAAAGCCAAGUCAUCGCCGGCGUGAACAACCGACUCAGCUUCAGGGCCUUCACAGACGAUUAUUCUCCAGUCCACACAUGAAGAUUUUUUAUCUCCACCUGCAUCGAGUGCCGAAACCAAACCAAAAACACAGACGGAAUGGACUGAGAUCAUCUCGUUAAACAUGAGGAUAUAUCUACUGCUGGUACAAAUAUCCAUUGCACAAAACUCUGGCUCGAUUUUAACCCCAUAUGGACAGCGUUUGCGCUAUCCGAUGACUUAAUCUGACCCGGGUUGACUAGUGCUAGGGUGGCAGGUACAGGGCUGCAGCAGUCCCCCUGCCACAAAACCAGGGGACAGAUUGCUGCUUCAUGGGGCAGUUACAAGUAUAUCAGCACUAUGAGGUCACAUCCUCCAUAGGAUGUAUUACAAGGCGCUGGUUUGCCUUUAAGACAAAGAGCGCCGGGAUAUGAUGUCAUAUCCCGGAGCUCCGGAGUGGAGCUCUGCCCUGGGGGGGGGGACCUGGAAUUAUUUAAGAUUAUUGAUCCUUAUUCCACCAUAUGCAUUACCAGUUAGUACUGCUUUGUUCUA